CUUCGACUUAGCAGCUUUGUCCAACUACCAAACACAAAAGAUGUCCGAUUUCAACGCUUUGGCUACUCAGUUCACCACCUUCUACUACCAAACGUUCGACGCUGAUCGUUCUCAGUUGGCUCCUCUCUACAGAAAUGAGUCUAUGUUGACUUUUGAAAACACCCAAGUUCAAGGUGUUGCCAACAUCACAGAGAAACUUUCCUCUCUUCCCUUCCAACGUGUUCAACACCGUGUCUCCACCUUGGACGCCCAACCCACAGGUCAAAAUGGCAAUGUUAUUGUCAUGGUCACUGGUGAGCUUCUGUUGGAUGAGGAGCAAAACCCUCAACGCUACAGCCAAGUUUUCCAUCUUGUCAACGACAACGGAAACUACUUUGUUUUGAACGACAUCUUCCGCCUUAAUUACUGCUAAACUAGUUCUGGCAAGGCACAUGAUAUAACAAUAUAAACAUUCUUUAUCAGCUCAAAUUAGUAGUAUGUGAUGGAGAAUAAAAGCUUCGUUAUGAGAAACUCCUUUUCGAAAACAUGAUUUUGUCAU